AUGAUGUUAUGUGUUCUUCGAUUGUCCACCAUUCUUUUAUGUUUUAUAGAAGCAAACUAUGGGAUCGGUCUUGCACCUGGUCUCUAUUGUGGUUUAGAGAAUUGUUAUGAUGUGCUUGGCAUCGAUCGCAAUAACUUUCAGAAGAGCGAAGUUUCUAAGAUUUAUCGACGUUUGGCUAAACGCUAUCAUCCAGAUCGAGUGGCUGAUCAUUCGAAAAAAGCAGAAGCUGAGCAAAAGUUUCGUUUGAUUGCAAGUGCGUAUGAAACGUUGCGCGAUGAUGAUACACGCAUGGAUUAUGAUUAUUAUUUGGAUCAUCCUGAACAACGUGCUUAUAAUUAUUACCAAUACUACAGACGUCGAGUUGCGCCGAAAGUUGACGUUCGCAUUGUUGUCAUUGUUACAGUCACUCUGAUAUCUGCAUUCCAGGUUAGUAUUAUUAUUCGUUUAUUCAAAAUUGUAUAUCUGAGUGCAAAACAUAAGUACCACGAGGCGUUAGAUUUCGCAAUAAAACAAGAAAAAUAUCGUAAUGGUGCCAGAGAGAUUGCCAUUCAGCGAGGUUUGAUUGCUGAGCCUGAUCAGAUGGGACGCAAAGAAAAAAAACUUAAACGGGAGAAUACCGAAAUGAUUAUUCGACAAAUUAUUGCCGAAAACAUGGACAUCAGAGGUGGAUAUAAAAAGCCAUCAGUUUACGAUACAUUGUUGUGGGCCAUUAUCUCAUUCCCUUAUAUUCUGUUCAGAUAUAUUAUAUGGUAUUUUACGUGGAUUUACAAGUACUAUAUUCGAAAUGAAGAAUAUGACAACGAGGCAAAGUUAUACCUGAUUCGCAAAAAUAUGCAUCUUUCUGAAUCACAAUUUUCAUGUUUAAGUGAAGCAGAACAGACGAGUUUUAUUGAAUUGGAAUUAUGGAAGAAGACUGUUUAUAAGAAAUGGAAACAAGCGAAAGAUGAUGAAGAAAAGGAACGUCUGGCGAAUUCGGGUCGUUAUAAACGUUAUCGAAGAUUCAUGAGAAACCAAGCGGGCAACACGAUUACUUUCUUGGAUGAAUGA